AUGGAAAGGUUCAGGUCUAACGGAGGGGAGCAAGUGAACCAAGGGUAUGAUGCCAACCUGGACGAGCCUCCCGUCUAUCAGGAGAGCAACUUCUCCAACGGGGACCAGCGGGCGGUGCGGCCCUCGGUGGUCAGCGCCUUCGGUCACGACACGUUGGACCGAGUGCCCAACAUUGACUUCUAUCGCAACGCGGGCAGUGUGAGUGGCCACCGUGCCGUGAGGCCGUCCCUGCAGGAUCUCCACGAUGUGUUUCAGAAGAAUGGAACCAUCUCUGUGCCGGACACCGUGGAGGACGAUGGCGAGGGGAGUGACGGGACGCCCUCGGAUGACCUGGAGAAUGGCGUCCCCCCCAAAGAACAAAAAGGAGGAGUGAAGUUUGGCUGGAUCAGGGGCGUCCUGAUUAGAUGCAUGCUGAACAUCUGGGGCGUCAUGUUGUUCAUCCGUCUGUCCUGGGUUUUUGGUCAGGCAGGCUGGGGCCUGGGAAUCGUGGUCAUCCUUCUCAGCUGCGUGGUCACCGUCAUCACCGGCCUCUCUAUGUCGGCCAUUUGCACCAAUGGCGUGGUCCGAGGAGGAGGUGCCUACUACUUGAUAUCUCGAAGUCUGGGGCCUGAGUUCGGCGGAUCCAUCGGCCUCAUCUUCGCCUUCGCCAAUGCCGUGGCCGUGUCCAUGUACGUGGUCGGGUUUGCUGAGACCGUGGUGGACUUGAUGAUGGAGAACAAUGCCGUCAUGGUGGAUCAACUCAACGACAUCAGGAUCGUGGGCUGUAUCACGGUGGUGCUGCUGCUGGGCAUUUCACUCGCUGGAAUGGAAUGGGAGGCCAAGGCCCAGAUUGUCCUCCUCGUGGUCCUGCUGGUGGCCAUAGUCAACGUCUUUGUGGGAACUUUCAUCCCUUCCACCGAAGACAAGAAAUCCAAAGGCUUCUUCAAUUAUGACUCAAAAAUCUUCAUGGAGAAUUUUACUCCGGACUUCACCGGCAGCGAGUCGUUUUUCACCGUGUUUGCCAUCUUCUUCCCGGCUGCCACUGGGAUCCUGGCCGGAGCCAACAUCUCCGGCGACUUGAGGGAUCCCCAAGCAGCCAUUCCUAAGGGAACCUUGCUGGCCAUCCUGAUCACUGGUGUCACCUACUUGGCCGUGGCCCUUUGUGUCUCUGCCACGGUUGUCCGUAACGCCACAGGAAACGUGGCCGACCUCAUUAUGACCGACGAUUUCUGCAACGGCACGGCGCAGGCUGCUUGUCAGCUCGGCUACAACUUCUCCUCCUGCGCGGUGGAAACCUGCAAGUUCGGCCUGCUGAACAACUUCCAGGUGAUGACCAUGGUGUCUGGGUUCGGUCCCCUCAUCACUGCCGGAACCUUCUCGGCGACCCUCUCCUCUGCCCUGGCUUCCCUGGUCAGCGCCCCCAAAGUCUUCCAGGCUCUGUGUCAGGACAACAUCUACACCAUUCUGCAUUUCUUUGCCAAGGGACACGGCAAGAACAACGAGCCAAUCCGGGGCUACGUCCUCACAUUCAUUAUUUCUGUGGCCUUCAUUCUCAUUGGCGACCUCAACGCCAUCGCUCCAAUCAUUUCCAACUUCUUCCUGGCAUCUUACGCUCUCAUCAAUUUCUCCUGCUUCCAUGCGUCCUGGGCCAAGUCUCCAGGCUGGAGACCUGGAUACAAGUUCUACAACAUGUGGCUGUCCCUGAUAGGCGCAGUGCUCUGCUGUGCCGUCAUGUUUGUCAUCAACUGGUGGGCUGCCCUCAUCACGUACGCCAUCGAGAUCCUCCUCUACAUUUACGUCACCGUCAAGAAGCCAAAUGUGAACUGGGGUUCGUCCACGCAGGCGGUGACGUUUGUGAGUUCGGUCAGCAACGCCCUGUCUCUGUCCGGUGUCGAGGAUCACGUCAAGAACUUCAGGCCUCAGAUCUUGGCUCUGACCGGUUCCCCGCGGAGCAGACCGGCUCUCCUCGACCUGGCUCACUCCAUCUCCAAGAACUAUGGACUCUGCAUCACCUGUGAAGUGUUUGAGGGUCCAAGAUCGGAGGCUCUCGAGGAGCUGAACUCCGGCAUGGAGAGGAACCAGCUCUGGCUCAGGAAGAUGAAACGCAAGGCCUUCUAUGCGGCUGUGGCCUGUGAUAAAUUCAGGGAUGGAACCGAGAGCCUCCUGCAGGCCUCGGGUCUCGGCCGCAUGAAGCCCAACAUAAUGAUGAUCGGCUUCAAGGGGAACUGGAGGAUGGCAGGAGCAGAGUCAGUGCAGACUCAUGUGGGAAUCCUGCAUGACGCGUUUGACUUUGACUACGGGACAGUGAUGCUGAGGAUGGACCAGGGACUUGAUGUGUCACACAUCGUGCAAGCAGAAGCGGCGAUGCUGCAGGCAGCGAAGGAGCAACAGGCCCUGGAGGACGAAACGAUGCCAAACGGAGGGAAGUCAAAAGGCCUGUUUAGGAAGUCCAGGAAAUCGUCUACACAAGUGCUCACAACCAGAGUGUCGGUGUGCGGACCCCCGCCUCCGCAGAUUGCCAGGAUGAAUGAGAAGCUGGUGGAGGCCAGCGGUCGGUUCAAGAAGAAGCAGCCUAAAGGCACCAUCGAUGUGUGGUGGCUCUUCGAUGACGGAGGUCUCACCCUGCUGCUCCCCUACAUCCUCACCACCAGGAAGAAGUGGAAGGACUCGAAGUUGAGGAUCUUCAUCGCAGGGCAGCCUGACCGCAGCCAUCUGGAUAAACUGGAGAUGAAGUCUCUGUUGGCGAAGUUCAGGAUUAACUGCACGGACAUCAAAGUCAUCGACGACAUCCACGUCAGUCCCCGCGCCGACAGCCUGAAGAAGUUGGAGGACAUGAUCGAGCCUUUCCGUCUGCGUGAGGGCUCCAAAGACAAAAUCACAGCCGAAGCCAUGCAGAAAGCGCAUCCCUGGAAAAUCACUGACGAAGAGCUGAGCAGCUUCGAGGAGAAGACCAACCUCCAGGUGCGACUGAACGAGGUGCUCCAGGAAAACUCCAAAUCAGCCAAUCUGAUCAUUGUGAGCAUGCCCAUUGCUCGUAAGGAGUCCGUCUCUGACUUCCUCUACAUGGCCUGGCUGGACGUCUUAACCAAGGACCUUCCGCCCACGCUGCUCAUCAGAGGCAACCACAAGAGCGUCCUCACGUUCUACUCCUGAGCACCUCACAGGGUUAAUGACACUAACACAAAGAAAUGUCAGCACAUUAAUGAUGAACCAUGUUCACAGCGAGUACAAGAACAAGAUUGUUAUUCAGACAAGAGAGCCAGCAGAGGAGAAAUAGAACCAUUAGGUGUUUGACAGCUGGUGUUCUCGAACAAUAAUGUCAUUAAAAGUCAUUGUCAGUCACAGGCUAAGCCUUAUUUUACUAUGAGCCUGUUUUUAUAGCUUGUUCUGGAAUAUGAGCUGUUUCACGAAAGCUUCUAGACAAAAAGUAAACUUUUCUAUGUCUCAAUGAUAUAAAAAAAAUUGCCUAAAUUUGUAUGUGAAUCUAGGAGCACCGGCAAAGUUAGAUGUAUUUUUUAUAUUUUUUAAGUAUCUUGCAGCAAUGGACACAAACACAAACACACACACACGUACACACACACACACAGCUGGAACAAAGCCAAAUCUUCGUGGUCGGAUCAGUCCAACAGGGGCGAAGGUUCCUUCCAGACGUGUUCCCUGCUGUUGUGACUGUAAAAUAAUUGUAUAUAGUAGAUAUCUGAAUUCAGUAGUCGUUGUUUCUAAAUACAUGAUUAACUACAUAAUUGGAUUCAUUACUUUCACUUGGUUUGAUGAUUUCUUUCAAACAUUCUUGAUAUUCACAGAGUGUAAAAUACAUAAAGCUGUUUACCUGUUUCA